AUGAUUGCUGAUAAGAUUGGUGUAAAUCCCGAACCAAUAGAACCAUUUGAGGUAGCUACUCCUGUAGGAGAUUUUAUUAUAGCAAGGCGAGUAUAUAAAAGUUGCUCAGUAAUUAUAUGUGAUCGUUGCACUAAAGCAGACCUAAUAGAAUUGGAGAUGACUGAAUUUGAUGUGAUUAUGGGAAUGGAUUGGCUAUCUUCUUGUUAUGCUAAUGUUGACUGUCAACGGAAGGCUGAAGCGCCAACUAUUCAGUCAGUUCCAAUUGUUAAUGAAUUUGCAGAUGUAUUCCCAGAUGAUCUUCCAGGCCUUCCUCCCAAACAGGAGAUAGACUUUACCAUAGAUAUGCUGCCAGAUAGUGAUGUCCUUUGGGCUGACAAAUGCUCCAGCGGUAUUUAUGGACCUUAUAAAUCGGGUAUUCAGACUAUUCUUGGAUAUGUUCCAAUUUUGGGACAUAUUGUCGGCACUGAAGGUAUUCGGGUAGAUACACAAAAGAUUGAGGCUGUAAAGAACUGGCCUAGGCCGAUGACACCUAUCGAGAAAGACUUGAAUUUACGGCAGAAGAGAUGGCUGGAGUUCUUAAAAGACUAUGAUGUUGAUAUUCUAUAUCAUCCAGGAAAGGCCAACGUCGUAGCAGAUGCACUCAGCCGUAAGUCCUUGGGUAGCUUGACAGAGGUUCCAGCAGAAAAGAAGGAAAUAGUUCAUGAAAUUGGUCAAUUGGCCAGUCUUGGAGUUCGGUUGGCUGAAUUGGGAGAUAAUGGGAUUUCAGUUCGAGAGGUUGCUGAAUCUUCCAUUAUAGAAGAAAUAAAGCGACGUCAAUAUGAAGACCCUGUUUUGGCACAGUAUCGAGAUACAGGUAUGGACAAAGAGAAGACCCCUUUUGGUAUUACAUCUGAUGGAGUAUUAUUAUACAGGGACAGGUUGUGUGUACCUGAUGUUGCUAGGCUACGGCAACAAGUUAUGGGUGAGAGGUGCCUAGUUUACAGCAAAUUUCUGGAGAUCUUUUUAGGCGGGAGUAGGGACCCAGCUCAAAGUCGACAGAAAGCAUAUGCUGACAACCGGCGUCGACCUUUAGAGUUCCAAGUGGAUGACUGGAUUGUCCGUAAAGUAGGCAAGGUUGCCUAUAAAUUAGAUCUACCAGCUGAUUUAGACGCAAUACAUUCGGUGUUCCACGUGUCUAUGCUUCGUAAAUUCGUUGGCGAUCCUUCCAGAGUAUUUCCUGUACAGGACAUUCAGGUGACCGAGGAGCUAUCCUAUGAGGAACAGCCGGUGGCUAUUUUAGAUCGUCAGGUAAGGAGGUUACGCACCAAAGAUGUGGCAUCUGUCAAAGUAUUGUGGCGCAACAACAACCGAGAAGAAAUGACUUGGGAGGCGGAGGAAGAAAUGAAGAAAAAAUAUCCUCAAUUGUUUUCUGCACCCACAGGUAUGGAUACUUAUGUUUCAUGUCCUCUUCAGCUUCCCAGAUAUCAUCUAUGGGAUGCACCUGGGAUGGAUCACCCAUACACUUACAAAGCAUUGACACGUGGAAGACUGGAUGUACAGCUUCUAGAUCCGCAGGAAGGAAGUGGGCUAAUUUUGUUGGAAUCUCUAUUUCCUGUAGUCGCCCACCCAGUUUCUGAUGUUCAACUUUAA